CGAUGGAAUGAUGCAGAAAUCUGUGCAGACCAGCUCGCCAUGGUCCACUUCUACAUGCAUUCAGUCUUCGACAGCGUAACGUCUAGGCCACAAAAAAUGCAUUCUGGAGCGUCGAAAACAGGCCAAGGUGUCACUGCGAAUGGAUCCGUCUCCACACAGCAGAGACAGCAAUGGUCCAAAACAGCAUUAAACAGGCAAGAACGAAAUUCCUGUUCUUCUACCGCUUCACGUCCUGUGUUCUCAGCACGACAGACUGAUCAAGAGGAGGACACGCCACCAUUCCGUCCAUCCAGCCGUUCUUCUCCAACCUUACCGGGUUCUUCUACAAGCCAGCAUGGAUCUCACUCAAGUCACAGUAACUCAAAGGUUAGCCUCAAGAGCUCAACAUCAACUCUACAGGGCUCACUGCCCAGUUUACAAGGCUCAGUAAGGAACCUAAAAAGCUUCUCGGCUGCGUCCGCUUCACUCCAAAGCUCCAACCAUAGCCUGCCCAGCUCCACAACCAGUUUCCGCAGUUCUAGCACCAGUUUUAAAAGCUCCAGCUCCAGUCUACAGAGUGGCAGCUCCAGCGACAACGACAGCUGGGGCACCAACAGUUGGAGCUCAGGAGCCACCUGUCUGCUGCGAAGCUCCAUCAAGCAGCACAGUGAAGAGGUCUUCAGGGUCCGUGCCAGUUCGAUUAACAAACCUGAACCAGUUAGUGAUUCUGAGUCUGGAUUUCAGAACUUAGAGAGCUGCCAGGGUAAAGAACGGCAGCAAGAGAGUCAGCAAACUGCAGAGAUAGCAACUCUCGGUCGCAAAGACUCUGUGCAGAGUCAGAACUCAAGUCACUGCAGCACUGUUCCCUCAACUGCAUCAGAAAACAUCAAGAGGAAGAUUGAGGACAGGCUCAAAUUUUCUCAGUUUCUGGAUGAAGUAACUUGCAGGGUACUAGGUCCCGAGAGCCUACAGGCCUUUGGUGCUGUACGCAAGAAGGACCCACUUAGUGCCAGUGCACAGACCUUACUGGUCAGUUGUUCCCAUUCAUUUCCAGUCUCUUGUCAACACGAAGUGUUCCCAGUGCAUGAGAAUCCCUGGUUCGAUUCAAAUGGAAACCCCACACCCCAAAGUAAGGAGCCCAAAAACCCUAACCCUGAAGGCUUUGUCUACCAAUGGAACAAGUACAUGCCAACCUGCAAGAUUCUGGACCCAACUGAAGUCCUGAAGAAAGACAACGAGGAAACUUUUUCGAUAGAAACUGCAGGGCAAACGUAUUUAGAGACAGACAUGGACAGCGUAUGGAGAAAAGAUGAUUAUUUGAGAAAACGAGAAAGAGAGAGAAGAAACUUGCUGGUCACUCCUGACCCAGUGCAAAAAAAAUCUGAAACCAAGAAAAGCCCAAGUGCAGCAUCAAACUGGUCAGAAAACUCCCCCAAACAACCCAACCAUUCAACACCUCUACCCAGACCUGCUACUAGCAAUUUGACCUCCAGCAAAGAGACACAUGCCAUGAGUUAUAUGCAGGAACAGAAGGAGAACCUGCGGAAGAAUCUGUCCCACACCACCCAUAAACUAAAGAUGCUGGAAAGUGAGUUUGAUACAACUCGCCAGUACCUAGAGAAGGAGCUUCGACAAACCCAGGAGAAACUGGACAAAUUCAUUGACGAGUUGCACAGGAUACAGAGCAGCUAUGCAGCACUGCAGAGGAUAAACCAUGAUCUGCAGGAUAAGAUUCACAAAAAGACGCAGUUAUUCGAAGAGGAGAAAAGAGCAUUGAGCCAAGAGAUCAUCGUACUCAAUAACCAUCUAAUGGAAGCUAAACUCACUAUUGAAAAGCUGAGAAAGGACAACGACCUGUACAGGAAGGACUGUCACCUUGCUGCUCAGCUCUUACGGUGUGGAAAAUCCCAGCACAGAGCACACAAAGUGCCUGAGCAGCCCACUGACUUUCAGAGAGGAACAAGUCCUCAGAUUAAGAAGCAUGGGCAUCCAAGGAGAACCGGCCUGGGUCUUACUCCCUACUCUGACACAGUGCCCACAGCUAUCAAUGCCAAGAUACUGGAAAAGCCUGAGGCAGGUAGUAGCUUCUCAAUUACAGCUGAAGAGCUUCUGACAAACAAUGGAGGGGACACUGGAGACGCUCUCCAUCGCAGCGUGGCCUACAAAUCCCCUGACCUGUACUGCAGUGACACGGCACUUUACUGCCCAGUGAUGGAAAGGCAGUACUGGAAGCGCCCACGAAGUGUGGACCUCCUUGGUAGGGACACCAACCAGGGCCUACUCCAAGCUGAGAACUCCACAGAGAGCAUUCCAGAUGUGAAUACUUUCCAACCCAGCUUCUCUAACAGUGAACUUCCCUUGUAUGAGUUUCCAAUGGGGUCUCCUCCACCCCCCAGCUCCUACUCAAACUUUAGUGUGGCCUCGGAUGAGAAGAGUCACACUCCCAGCAGCUCGCUUUCCUCCUCCCAGCUGGCUUUAUACAUGGACUGGCAGGUUGGUGAUUACGAGCAGAAGAACACACCUGCAUAUGAUAAGAACAGCACUGGAUUUCCUAUGUUGCACAGUCUACAGCACAUGUCUCCUAGCCUACAAAAAGCCAACACUCCAGUCUACAUGAGAACAGCAUCCUAUGGUGAGCCAUACCAGCAACCUCAGCUCACCUCCUCCCACAGCAAGGGCUCCACCAGUGUUCCAAGAGAGACCCACAUGCACAUAGCAGAGGACAUAAACACCCGCCCCUAUCACAGCCCGGGACGUGUUUCCCCUUAUAGCUUUUUCCAACAGCGCUUUGAUGCCGGCCCUGCUAAUAAAAAACUGGGAAACCUUCACAGCAGCUUCCAGGGAGGAGAUAACAUUUUUCACACUCACACUCACACUCAUAACACAGCCAAAAAAGUGAAAAAAGAAUACAGAGACAUAAGCCCCAACAGCUCAGAGCCAUUACACCAAAAUCCCCCAGAGGCCUCCAAGGUGCAGCACUACCUGCCACACAGUCCAGACCCACAGAAGAAGACUCCUCCACACAACCAAACAUUCGGAAGCAUAGGACUCAGUAGAAAAGACAGUCUCAGUAAAGCUCAGCUGUAUGGAACGCUGCUUAACUGAGUCAUAUAUUAAUGAUUUAAUAGUGACUAUCAGUAACUGUUCCCACUGACUGUUACAAAAUGUGUUUGUGGACCUGAAAAACAUGAUGUGAACCAAACUUUUGGCUCAAUGUAACGAGGAUUUAUGAUGAAUGAUGUACAGAAAAGUGAGAAAGAAAAGUCUUUGUUUUCUGUGUUGUGUGUAAAAUAGUUUUAGUAUUUAAAAACAAAGCCAAUUUAAAUGUGAAUUGCUAUCUAAAGUACCAAUUAGUCUUAUAUAAUAUUCAAAUUUUCUAAGAUAUUGACUUUUGAGUUUUCAUUAGCUGAAAGCCAUAAUCAUCAACAACAAAAAAAUAAACUAAAAUAGAUCAAUCCAUGUGUAAUGCAUCUAUGAGUUUCACAUUCUGAACUGAAAUACUGAAAUAAAGUAACUUUUUAAUGACAUUCAAUAAUAUAGAAUGAAUUUUUGAGAUGCACUAGUGUAUAUACAGCUCUGGAAAAAAAAUAAGAGACCACUUAAAAAUGAUGAGUUUCUUUGAUUUUUCCAAAUUGAAAACUUCAAGAGAAUCAAGAGAAAGAUGGAU